AUGUCGGAUAAGAUGUCCAGUUUUUUACACAUCGGGGACGUGUGCUCCCUGUAUGCAGAGGGAUCCACCAAUGGCUUCAUCAGUACCUUGGGCUUGGUGGAUGACCGCUGCGUCGUCCAGCCUGGUGCCGGGGACCUCAACACCCCACCAAAGAAGUUCAGAGACUGCCUCUUCAAACUUUGCCCCAUGAACCGCUACUCAGCCCAGAAGCAGUUCUGGAAAGCAGCGAAGCCCGGAGGAAACACGGACGCGGUGCUGCUCAACAAGCUCCAUCAUGCAGCUGACUUGGAGAAGAAGCAAAAUGACUCUGAAAACAAAAAGCUGCUGGGAACGGUCAUACAGUACGGCAACGUCAUCCAGCUCCUCCACCUGAAAAGCAACAAAUACCUGACGGUGAACAAACGGCUGCCCGCGCUGUUGGAGAAGAACGCCAUGAGGGUGAUGUUGGACACUGCGGGAAACGAAGGCUCGUGGUUCUACAUACAGCCCUUCUACAAGCUGCGCUCCAUCGGAGAUAACGUGAGUCCUCAGCUCUGUGGCGCAGGAAACUCGUACGUGCGCCUCAGACACUUGUGCACCAACACAUGGGUUCACAGCACCAACCAGCCCAUUGACAAAGAGGAGGAGAAGCCAGUCAUGCUGCGUAUUGGCACAUCUGCUCUCAAAGAGGACAAAGAGGCUUUUGCCAUCGUUCCCGUCUCCCCAGCCGAAGUGAGAGACCUUGAUUUUGCAAACGAUGCCAGUAAAGUUCUGGCAUCCAUCGCUGGAAAGCUGGAGAAAGGCACCAUCACUCAAAAUGAGAGGAGGGCAGUUACUAAGCUCCUCGAGGAUUUGGUGUUCUUUGUAGUGGACAUUCCCAACAAUGGGCAGGACGUUCUGGAGAUCAUGGUGAACAAACCCAACAGGGAGCGACAGAAGCUCAUGCGAGAACAGAAUAUUCUCAAACAGAUCUUUAAGCUGCUGCAGGCUCCGUUCACAGACAGCGGCGAUGGGCCCAUGCUGAGACUGGAGGAGUUGGCUGAUCAACGGCACGCCCCCUUCAGGCACAUCUGCCGCUUGUGUUAUCGAGUUUUACGUCACUCUCAGCAAGACUACCGCAAAAACCAGGAAUAUAUCGCCAAGCAGUUUCGCUUCAUGCAGAAACAGAUCGGCUACGACGUCCUGGCAGAAGACACGAUCACGGCUCUGCUCCACAACAACCGCAAGCUGCUGGAGAAGCACAUCACAGCUGCAGAGAUCGACACGUUUGUGAGCCUAGUCCGCAAGAACCGCGAGCCAAGGUUUUUGGACUACCUGUCAGACUUGUGUGUGUCGAUGAACAAAUCCAUCCCCGUGACACAAGAACUCAUCUGUAACGCGGUGCUGGAACCUGCAAACGCAGACAUCCUCAUAGAAACCAAACUGGUGCUGUCACGGUUUGAGAUUGAGGCGGUGCAGAUCGGGGAGAACUCUGUGGAGUCAGAGGAGGAUGAGGAGGAGGUGUGGCUGUUCUGGAAGGACGGCAACAAGGAGAUCCGCAGUAAAAGCAUCAGGGAGCUGGCCCAGGAUGCAAAGGAGGGCCAGAAGGAGGACAAGGAAGUGGUCAGUUACUACAGGUAUCAACUGAACCUGUUUGCCAGGAUGUGUUUGGACCGUCAGUAUUUGGCAAUCAACAAGAUCUCUGGCCAGCUGGACGUUGACCUGAUUUUGCGGUGCAUGUCUGACGAAGAUCUGCCCUUUGACCUGCGGGCGUCCUUCUGCAGAUUGAUGCUCCACAUGCACGUGGACCGGGACCCUCAGGAGCAGGUCACGCCAGUCAAAUACGCACGGCUUUGGUCCGAGAUCCCCUCAGAAAUCGAGAUCAAUGACUAUGACAACGAUGGGACAUCUAAAGAUGAAAUUAAAGAGCGAUUCUCCCAGACGAUGGAGUUUGUUGAGAACUACCUGAGAGAUGUGGUGUGUCAGAACUUUCCUUUUACACACAAAGAAAAGAACAAGCUCACCUUUGAGGUGGUGAAUCUUGCCAGGAACCUGAUCUAUUUUGGCUUUUACAACUUCAGUGAUCUGCUCAGACUCACCAAAAUCUUGCUAGCUAUUUUAGAUUGUGUCCACGUGAACCCCAUUUUUGCUUUCUGCAAGCUGGACAAAGGAGAGGAAAACAAAGGGAGUAACGUGAUGAGAUCCAUUCAUGGUGUAGGAGAGCUGAUGUCCCAAGUUGUCCUGAGAGGAGGUGGUUUCCUUCCAACGCCUUCCAACAGGAGCUCGGAUGGAGACGAUGUGAAGGCGCAGAUCGAACCUGAGAAACAGAACAUUCUGGUCAUGGACACCAAGCUCAAGAUUAUUGAGAUCCUGCAGUUCAUCCUGAAUGUCCGUCUGGACUACAGGAUCUCCUGUCUUCUGUCCAUCUUCAAGCGAGAGUUUGAUGAGAGUAACUCCCAGAAUGAGAUAUGUUUACCUGGUUCAGUAGACAGUCCAAACACUAUGCCAGGGGCUUUGGAUUUCGAACGCAUAGAAGAGCAGGCAGAGGGGAUCUUUGGUGGAAGUGAAGAGAACACUCCACUGGACCUGGACGAUCAAGGUGGACGGACCUUUUUGAGAGUCCUGCUCCACCUAACCAUGCAUGACUAUCCUCCUCUGGUGUCCAGAGCCCUGCAUCUGCUUUUCAGGCAUUUCAGCCAGAGACAGGAGGUCCUUCAGGCAUUCAAGCAGGUGCAGCUGCUGGUCACCAGCCAGGAUGUGGAUAAUUACAAGCAGAUAAAGUCUGAUCUGGACCAACUGCGUUCGAUUGUAGAGAAAUCAGAGCUCUGGGUUUAUAAAAGGCAGGGGCCAGACGAGAGCAUGGAUGUAGGAGAGAUGCCAGAACUUAAAAAGGAUGACUCAGGGACCACUGACAAACCAAUGAAAGCAGAAAGCACGAGCAGUUACAACUAUAGGAUUGUAAAGGAGAUCCUGCUGCGUCUCAGCAGGUUGUGUAUCCAAGAGGGUCUGUCGGGUAGGAAGAGCAGGAAGCAGCAGCAGAGGUUGCUCAGAAACAUGGGGGCUCACACUGUGGUUCUCGAGCUGCUACAGAUUCCCUAUGAAAAGGGGGAAGAUUUGCGUAUGCAGGCUAUAAUGAAGCUCGCUCAUCAGUUCCUGCAGAACUUCUGCGCAGGAAACCCACAGAACCAAACCCUGCUUCAUAAACACGUCAACCUUUUCCUCAAUCCAGGGAUCCUUGAAGCUGUCACCAUGCAGCACAUCUUCAUGAACAACUUCCAGCUGUGCAGUGAGAUAAACGAGCGCGUGGUUCAGCACUUCGUCCACUGCAUUGAAACGCACGGCCGCAGCGUUCAGUACCUCAAGUUCCUACAGACGAUCGUCAAAGCAGAGCACAAGUUUAUUAAAAAGUGUCAGGACAUCGUCAUGGCCGAGCUUGUGAAUGCAGGAGAAGAUGUUUUGGUCUUCUACAAUGAUCGCGCCUCCUUCCAGACUCUCGUCCAGAUGAUGCGAUCCGAGCGGGAUCGCAUGGAUGAGAACAGUCCGCUGAUGUACCACAUCCACCUGGUGGAGCUUUUGGCUGUCUGCACCGAGGGCAAGAACGUCUACACAGAGAUCAAAUGUAACUCUCUGUUACCACUGGAUGACAUAGUGCGGAUUGUGACCCAUGAGGAUUGUAUCCCUGAGGUGAAGAUCGCCUACAUCAACUUUCUCAACCACUGUUAUGUCGACACUGAGGUUGAAAUGAAGGAGAUCUACACCUCCAACCACAUGUGGAAACUUUUCGAUAACUUCCUUGUUGACAUUUGCAUAGUGUGCAACAACACAAGUGAUCGAAAGCAUGCUGACGCCAUUUUGGAGCGCUACGUGACUGAGACGGUUAUGAGCAUCGCAACCACCUUCUUCAGCUCUCCGUUCUCUGACCAGAGCACCAGCCUGCAGACCAGGCAGCCGGUGUUUGUGCAGCUGCUGCAGGCUGUGUUCAGGGUUUAUCACUGCCACUGGUUGAACUCAGUCCAGAAGGGUUUUGUUGAGAACUGUAUCAAAGUCCUCUCAGAUGUUGCUAAAAGCAGAGCAAUAGCCAUCCCUGUGGACCUGGACAACCAGGUGAACAACCUGUUUGUGAAAUCUAACAACAUUGUUCAGAAGACAGCCUUGAGCUGGAGACUCUCUGUUCGAAACUCCACCCGCCGGGAAUCAGUAGUGACCACAUCGAGGGACUACAGGAAUAUCAUUGAGAGGCUGCAGGACAUUGUGUCAGCUUUGGAGGACCGUCUGCGUCCACUGGUGCAGGCUGAGCUCUCGGUCCUGGUGGACGUGCUGCAUCGUCCCGAGCUGCUCUUUCCUGAAAACACAGACUCACGCAAGAAGUGUGAGAGCGGGGGUUUUAUAUGCAAGUUGAUCAAACAUACCAAGCAGCUGGUGGAGGAAAAUGAAGAGAGACUGUGUAUCAAAGUUCUGCAAACGCUCCGGGAGAUGAUGACCAAAGACAGAGGUUAUGGAGAGAAGGGCGAGGCGCUGAGACAAAUUCUGGUGAGCCGUUACUAUGGCAACUUCCACCGGAGUGGUGGGCGGCGGGAGAGUCUGACGUCAUUUGGCAAUGGCCCCCUCAGUCCUGUAGGAUCUGGCAGGAACCAAUCAGGUGAGACUUUAGGGGGUUCAGGUGGUCUGAGUCGAGGGGAAAUGACCCUUGCAGAGGUGCAGUGCCAUCUGGAUAAAGAAGGAGCUUCUGAUCUGGUGAUCGACCUAAUCAUGAACACAACUAGUGACCGUGUCUUCCAAGAAAGCAUCCUGUUAGCUAUAGCACUGCUGGAAGGAGGAAACACAACCAUACAGCGUUCAUUCUUUUUACGUUUGACUGACGACAAGAACUCAGAAAAGUUCUUCCGGGUCUUUUACGACCGAAUGAAGUUGGCUCAACAGGAAAUCAAAGCCACUGUAACAGUCAACACAAGCGACCUGGGAAACAGGAAAAAGGAUGAUGACAGCCUGGAUAAAGAUGUCCCUGUUCACAAGAAAGUAAAAGACUCAACAAUGACCAUGACCGAAGAUGUGAAAGAACAACUGAUAGAAGCCUCGACUGCCACAAAGAAGGCCUUCAACUCUUAUAGGCAAGAAGCUGACCCAGAGGACCACUUUCCCUCAGCGGAUGGCCAGCCCAGCUCCGGGGACAAGAACCAGGAUGAAGGAGAGAUGAGUUUUGUGAUAGUUAUCAUGCAGCCUAUUCUUCGCUUCCUCCAACUACUGUGUGAGAAUCACAAUCGUGACCUGCAGAACUUUCUUCGUUGUCAGAACAAAAAGAACAACUACAACCUAGUGUGUGAGACCCUCCAGUUCUUAGACUGCAUCUGUGGCAGCACCACAGGGGGCCUCGGCCUGCUGGGACUGUACAUCAAUGAGAAGAAUGUUGCCCUCAUUAACCAAACUCUGGAGAGUCUCACAGAGUACUGUCAAGGUCCUUGCCAUGAAAACCAGAAUUGCAUAGCCACUCAUGAGUCCAAUGGUAUUGAUAUCAUUAUUGCUCUAAUUCUUAAUGACAUCAAUCCACUUGGGAAGAAACGAAUGGAUCUCGUGUUGGAGCUCAAGAAUAAUGCGUCUAAGCUGCUGCUUGCCAUCAUGGAGAGCCGACAUGACAGUGAGAAUGCUGAGAGGAUCCUGUACAACAUGAAGCCAAAAGAGCUGGUGGAGGUAAUAAAAAAGGCCUAUCUUCAGGGUGAGGUAGAGUUUGAGGACACAAAUGAGGACGAGGACAACAGAGAAGAGGAGGAACACGAUCCUGCUUCACCCAGAAAUGUUGGACACAACAUCUACAUUUUAGCUCACCAGUUGGCACGCCAUAAUAAAGAACUGUCCAUGAUGUUGAAGCCAGGAGGGACCAGCGGAGAGGGAGACGAGGCCUUGGAGUUUUAUGCCAAGCACACUGCUCAGAUAGAGAUUGUACGUUUGGAUCGCACCAUGGAGGAAAUUGUGUUUCCUGUACCUAACAUCUGUGAGUUCCUGACCUCAGAGUCGAAGCUGCGGAUCUACUAUACCACCGAAAGAGACGAGCAGGGCAGCAAGAUCAAUGACUUCUUCAUGCGGGCAGAGGACCUCUUCAAUGAGAUGAACUGGCAGAAGAAGCUCAGAGCCCAGCCUGUUCUGUACUGGUGCUCCAGAAACAUGUCAGUGUGGAGCAAUGUCUCCUUUAAACUGGCUUUGCUUAUGAACCUGCUGGUCUGCUUCUUCUACCCCCUGGAGGGGGUGUAUGGAGGAAUUCUAGAGCCCCAUGUGUCGGCUCUGCUUUGGAUGGGAGUCUUUGCAACGCUGGUCAUCGUUGUACUCAUGCCCCAACCGCUGGGCUUCCAGGCCCUGGUCAUUGUCACGAUCCUUCGCCUCAUCUUCUCUGUGGGCCUGGAGCCCACACUCUUCCUUCUGGGUGCUUUCAAUGUUUGCAAUAAAAUUAUCUUCCUAAUCAGUUUUGUUGGAAAUCGAGGGACCUUCACGAGAGGAUAUAAAGCCAUGGUGAUGGACUUUGAGUUCCUUUAUCAUCUCAUCUACCUGAUCAUCUGCUGCCUGGGGGUGUUUGGCCAUGUGUUUUUCUACAGUUUGUUGCUGUUUGACUUGGUGUACAGAGAGGAGACGUUGCUGAACGUAAUCAAGAGUGUGACUCGAAACGGACGCUCCAUCGUGCUGACUGCUGUUCUCGCUCUCAUCUUGGUCUACCUGUUCUCUAUCGUUGGCUACAUCUUCUUCAAAGACGACUUCAUCCUAGAGGUGGACCGAAUACCCAACACCACCCAGAGUGAGGACAACGGGGACUCUUCGGCUGAAGAGUUUUUGACUACAGGAAUGUGUCACGAUGAGAACUGCAGCUCCAGUGUUCUGCAGAAAGAAAACGAGGACGGCGGGGAGGAUGACGGAAACAUGGAGCGGACGUGCGACUCCCUCCUGAUGUGCAUUGUUACCGUGUUGAGUCACGGUUUGAGGAGCGGAGGAGGUGUGGGGGAUGUUCUCCGUAAGCCUUCUAAGGAGGAGCCACUGUUUGCAGCCCGAGUGAUUUACGACCUGCUGUUCUUCUUCAUGGUCAUCAUCAUCGUCCUCAACCUAAUUUUUGGUGUAAUCAUUGACACUUUUGCUGACUUGAGAAGUGAAAAGCAAAAAAAAGAGGAGGUUUUGAAGACUACUUGCUUUAUUUGCGGUCUGGAGCGUGACAAGUUUGACAACAAGACUGUGACUUUUGAAGAGCACUUCAAGGAGGAGCAUAAUAUGUGGCACUACCUGUACUUCAUUGUUCUUGUAAAAGUCAAAGAUUCCACAGAAUACACGGGGCCUGAGAGCUAUGUGGCCGAGAUGAUCAAGGAGCACAACCUGGACUGGUUUCCUCGGAUGCGAGCCAUGUCAUUGGUGAGCAGCGAUGCAGAGGGAGAGCAGAAUGAAAUCAGGAACCUGCAGGAGAAGCUGGAAUCGACCAUGAGGCUGGUGGCCAACCUGUCUGGACAGCUGACUGAGCUCAAGGAGCAGAUGACAGAGCAGAGGAAGCAGAAACAACGAAUUGGACUUUUGGGUCAUCCUCCACACUUGAAUAUUAACCCCCAGCAACCUGCCUGAGGCCA